UGCAAGAUGAUACAUAUGCGCUUCAGUUCCUCGGAGAAGAAACCGGGGUCGGUUCAGAGUGUUUUAGCAGGCAGGAGAGCAUUUUGCAAAUAUGUUUUCACUAAAAUCUCCGUCCCUGAUGCCGGUGACCCGCGCGGAGGCGCUGCUCGCUCUGAGCUGCCUGGCUGUCGUUCUCCUCGCAUUCCUGCUGGUGCGCCAGUUCGUCAAGCAGAGGAGACCCCCUGGAUUUCCUCCCGGUCCGUCUCCCAUUCCUAUUAUAGGAAACAUUUUUUCUCUCGCCACUGAGCCGCACGUCUUUCUCAAGAGGCAAAGCGAAGUACACGGGCAGAUUUUCAGUCUUGACCUGGGAGGCAUAAUGACAGUGGUAUUAAAUGGUUAUGAUUGUGUAAAAGAAUGCCUUUAUCACCAGAGUGAGGUUUUUGCUGAUCGCCCUUCUCUGCCACUAUUUCAUAAAAUGACCAAAAUGGGUGGUCUUCUAAACUGUAAGUACGGGAAAGGCUGGAUUGAUCAUCGCAAGCUGGCCUGCAACUCUUUCCGUUACUAUGGCAGCAGCCAGAAACUGUUUGAGCGACGAAUCACAGAAGAGUGCAUGUUCUUAGUUGAUUCAAUUGACAAAUACAAGGGAAAGCCCUUCAACCCAAAACACCUCGUAACCAACGCCGUGUCAAACAUCACCAAUCUGAUCAUCUUUGGCCAGCGUUUCACCUACGAUGACAGCAACUUCCAGCAUAUGAUUGAGAUCUUCAGUGAGAACGUGGAGUUGGCUGUCAGCGGGUGGGCUCUCCUCUACAACGCCUUUCCUUGGAUUGAAUAUCUGCCCUUUGGAAAACACCAGAAGCUGUUCCACAAUGCUGCUGUGGUGUAUGACUUCCUGCAGAAGGUUAUAAUGGGAUUUUCCCAAGGCAGGGUGCCCCAUGCACCGCGCCACUAUGUCGAUGCCUAUUUGGACGAGUUGGAGCAGAACGCAGGAGAUCCCAGGAGUUCUUUUACUUAUGAGAACCUCAUCUAUUCUGUGGGGGAGCUCAUUAUCGCCGGCACAGAGACCACAACCAACACCCUGCGUUGGGCCAUGCUGUACAUGGCCCUCUACCCCAAUAUACAAGAGAGGGUGCACAAAGAGAUCGACAGUGUGCUGACCAAUGGGAGGCCACCUUCUCUCGAGGACAAGCACAGGAUGCCCUAUGUGGAGGCUGUUCUGCAUGAGAUCCUUCGCUUCUGCAACAUUGUGCCUCUUGGUAUUUUCCGUUCCACCUCCCAGGACACUAAAGUCAAUGGCUACAAGAUUCCUAAAGGAACCAUGGUGAUCACAAACCUCUACUCAGUGCACUUUGAUGAGAAGUACUGGAGCGACCCAGGAGUCUUCUUACCAGAAAGGUUUCUGGACAGCAGUGGCAACUUCAUAAGGCGUGAGGCCUUCCUUCCGUUCUCUUUAGGGAGGCGUCACUGUGUGGGUGAGCAGCUGGCCCGCAUGGAAAUGUUCCUAUUUUUCACCACAUUGCUGCAGAGGUUUCAUCUUCAGUUCCCUCCACGAACCAUUCCAACUAUAACUCCCCAAUUUGGAAUGACCCUACAGCCCAAACCUUACUCCAUUUGUGCUAUCCGCAGGCAGCAGAGGUUCCAAUGCUCUGAAGGAACUCCUUACCACAAGUAGGUUCGUUGGCUGCAGUGCACAGAAUCACCUGCGCAUAUUCAUCUUUUAAAGGACUUUUGGUGAUCCAUAUGCCCACUGACAUCUUAACACAGUGCUAUAGUUUAUUCAAGUGCUAUAGAUAUAUUGUUUAUAAGCACAUAUGCAUGUUUGCACAGUACUUUUGAACAGCAGGGGAGGCACCAGGAUCUGAAUGGACAUCCUGGGAGCACGGAUGGGCUAUCGAUUUAAUUCCCUGAGCUCCUGCAACCAGAAACAAAAUACCUGUAAACCUUGGCGCAGCGGCGAUGGUUUAGGUCAAUGAUUUAUAUUAUGUACACCAAUGAUGGUUCAUAGCAGUGAUGUUGUAGGACAGCUUUGGGGAGAUUAAUGACACCAGGUAUUCAUACAGCAUGUCUGGCCAAAUGGGACUAAUGGAUUUUCCAAGAAAGUUCUGAACUGUGUAUUGGAAUUGGCUUUAGAUCAAGAUUUACGUCAUCUGGACUGACUCUGAACCUUUCUCCAGGGAUAGUGCUAUGUGGAAAAUCUUUCUCUUAGAAAGCAAAUGCAACCCUGAUGAAUUUCUAGAAACUGACUUUGCAAGACUGGUUUCUGAUAAAUGGUGCUUAUCAGUUUAUAUAAACAAAAUAAUAUAUUUUGUUUAUAUGUAACAUGUUUGUUGUAUUUUUGGAAUCCUGGUAGUGUACAUGUUCAUUUUAUUUUUUGUGUGUGUAUUCAUAAAUUUGCCCUUCCUUUUCUUUCAAAAAUGUUAUUCUUAAAUGCUAUUUUUUCCCCAAA